UCCGUUCGUGAUCGGAGGAGGAAUAAUUUUUGUUUUAUUUUCUUUAUUUAUUAUGGGAACAUAUAAAUAACAAUUAAAUAGACUAUAGGAAGCCAUAAUGUUUUGCAAAGAGUUCGUAUGCUGAGUGUUGUUGUCGAUGUCGGGCCCAGAGCGGCGCUGCAUCCCGAUGCCGAGCCUGCUGGAGGCGGUGGGUGGGGGCGGUGUGGGGGCGGUGGGCGGGGGCGGGGCGACGCGCGUGGGGGCGGCGUGGCAGCGCGUGCGGGCGCGGGGGGCGCAGCAGCCGCGGUGGGCGCGCCGCCACCUGCUGCUGGCGCACUCCGCGCUGUACGCGUACCGCUCCGCGCAGGGGUCGCGCGCGGACUGCAUGAUCCGGCUGGAGGGGUUCACGGCGUGCGCGGCCGCGGAGGUGAAGUCGCGCGCGCACGCGUUCAAGGUGUACCACACCGGCACCGCCUUCUACUUCGCCGCCGACUGCGCCGACGACAUGCGCGCCUGGAUCCGCGCCCUCGCCGCCACCGCCGCCGCCCACUGCCCCGCGCACGCGCAGCUAGACCUAUCGCAGCAGUUCUCCGAGACCGAUUAUUCUGACACCGAAUCUGACGACGAGAGCUCGGAGCGUCGCGAACGAGAGACGCGCGACGAGAGGGAGAGGGAGAGGGACAAAGACAAGUCCAAGUUCGGGUCGUUGAAGAAACUGACGGUGCGGAUGCAGCGCAGCGAGUCCACGGAGAACGUCGCCCACUCCACCAGCCUCGACCGGAAGUAUUUGAGGUUCUUCUCCAGGAAUAAGAAUAAGGAUGAGCCUAAACCUAGUAAGAUAAAACAUCCCGGGCCGGUGCCGACCGAGCAGUACCGCAGCUACCGGCGCGCGGGGGCGGGGGCGGGCGUGGGGGCGGGGGCGGCCACCCCCGCGCACGCGUCCAGCCCCGAGCUGGCCCCCGCCCCCGCCCCCGCGCCCUCGCCCCGCCCCCACCUCACGCUGGAGCAGUUCAUGCUGGCCGAGCAGGAGGACACGCGCCGGCAGAUGUACCGCGAGCGCGUGGUGCAGGGCGUGCGCGCGCGCAGCGGCCCGCGGCCCGCCGCCCCCGCCGCCCCCGCCGCCCCCGCCGCCCCCGCCGCGCACAGUCGCGACAGAUCAUGUAACGCCGAGGACAGUCCGGUACGGGAGAUGAGCACUAGCGAGGCUCCGCACGAACGAUGGCGGGAUUCAUUGCGCAGGAACCACAAGGUUCACAGCGCGCAACACAAACCGGCAGCGCCCAUCACAUCCACAGGAACCAGCUGGUCGGGGCCGGGGGCGGGGGCGGGGGCGGGGGCGGGGGGCGGCGUGUCGCGGCUGCGGCUGGUGUUCGGCGCGGCGGCGCGGGACCCCCCGCAGUACCCGCACCUGCAGUGCCCGCCCACGUUCCAGCCGGAGAGCUACUCGCUGGCGCGCCUCGCCCCCCCUCCGCCGCCCCCCUCCCACUCCGCUUCCCCCUCUCCCGCCCCGCGCGCGCCUCCCCCUCCCGGUUCCUAG